GUGACAAGUCUCACCAAUGAAUCUCGCAAUUCUCAUUUCGUUGUCUCAGACACCCCCUCAAUAAAUUUCAUUCAUUAUCCCUAACCCUAUUUCUCGAUUUCCUCAAUAAUUUCUAUCUCUGCAAGAUGGGUAACACCGAAAAGCUAAUGAACCAGAUCAUAGAGCUAAAAUUAACCUCAAAAUCACUCCAACGGCAAGCUCGAAAGUGCGAGAAAGACGAGAAAUCGGAAAAACUCAAAAUCAAGAAAGCAAUCGAGAAAGGAAACGUAGAUGGAUCUCGAACUUACGCUGAAAAUGCAAUUCGUAAGCGUACUGAACAAAUGAAUUACCUUCGUCUCGCUUCUCGUCUCGAUGCGGUUGUUUCUCGACUAGAUACUCAAGCGAAGAUGCAAACAAUUGGAAAAUCCAUGGGGUCGAUUGUAAAAUCAAUUGAAUCAUCUUUGAAUUCUAGUAAUUUGCAGAAGAUGUCGGAAACUAUGGAUCAAUUUGAGAAGCAAUUUGUGAAUAUGGAGGUGCAAGCUGAAUUUGUAGAGAAUUCAAUGGCUGGAAGUACUUCGCUUUCAACUCCGGAAACGGAGGUUAAUAGCUUGAUGCAGCAGGUUGCGGAUGAUUAUGGUUUGGAAGUUUCUGUGAGUUUGCCUCAAGCUGCGGCACAUGCGAUUGCUGCUCCAAAGGUGACGGAGAAGGGUAAUGAGGAUGAUCUUUCUAGGAGGCUUGCCGAACUUAAAUCUCUAGGUUGAAGUUCGAGGUUGCACCAAGACAGAUUCAAGGGCGAAAACGUGUACAUGGAUGGAAAACGAAAAUCAAAAAGAAAGAAUGGAGCUUGUUACAGCAUAUUAUUAAGUGAGGUAACCAAAUGGGAUGUAGCAGAUCAGACAGCGUAUUAUUGGGUUCCUGUGCUGCAUAACCUUUAAGGCUUUAAGGUAUAGUACUAUAUUUCUGUUUAUAUUGGGUAGCCCUCUAAAGUGGAUAUGUCACUGAUUAGAUUAGCACAAAGUCACUGAUGGUGGACAUGGGGGGAGCUAUAUCCCCGUCAUAUCAUGAGUUCUUUUCAUCUUGACGUUUGAUGUGAUUGCAAUUAAUUGGAUCUUAUUAACUUGGCCUCACAAUUCCAAUUUUGAAUAGAUGACACAUGCACUCGGCCACUAUGUUAUUCUUGGUUCAAAAUUUCUUUGGAUGAGAUCGUAAUAGAUGUUGUUUAAAUGUGUUUUUUGGCAUGUUCAUUGUCGAUAGAGCCGAAUAGAUUACCUAAUCAAAUUAUUUGUGCAUCUUAGUUAUUUAUAUGAAGUUGCCGAUGAUGUUUUGCAGUUCAUGAUCAAUUCUAGACAAUUUGUUAUUAUAAGGAUCAAAAUGUUGUGACGGAAAACCGACAAAUUAAUGUAAAAAAAUAAGUGAGUAACAGAAUCAAUUGAUUGAAUGUUUUCACCAAAUUAAUUGAUUGAAAAGAGUUUGUUCAAGAUAAGUAUUCAUGGGUCCUGAUGUCCAUCGACUUGUUCUCGACUACUGAUAUGAUUGAAUCGUACUCCUAUGUUUUAUUGAAAGAUAUUAUUUGUUACUACCUGCGGUUUCUUUACUUCGCUUUCCUAUAAUGCGAUGGGGACUAUGCAUGGUUUGGUGUUACUUGUAAGUAGGGUAGCUACCAUAUUUUUUUGCGAGUGUGAAAGGUGAGACUUUUUUGAUUUUGAAUCUUUUGUUUGUUUGGAGGGACAGGAAGAUGUUGCACAAAUUUUGAAGUAAAGCAAUAAGUUUCGUGAUAUUACACAAAUGGUAAAGAAAAUUUCAAGAUUUAUGCUUAUGCAAACAAACAAAGACUAAGAGGAAAUAUUUGUGGGUACAUAUGUAUGCAAGUGGAGAAGCAUCUUACUAUUCCCUGCUUAUGCAAAUCCAGUCAUCAAUAAUAGCCAAUAUGAAAUGUCAACCCCUUUUUUAAUAAAAAAAAUCAGGGGCAUGACUGGAGUAAUUCUUAGGGAAGGCUGAAUGGGUGAAACUAAUUUUUUCUGUAAAUGGUGAGAGUUGAGAUUUUAUCAAUAGGGUGAAAGGAAAAAACUUUUAACAAUUAGGUUAAUACAUGAUUUUGUUUCUUUCGGUAAUGAAAAAGGAGUGUAUUUGAUGCAUUAUUGAAGUAUUUUCAUCAUGAAAUCAAGAAAUAUUGAGUAUGAGAAAUUGUCCUUCACAUUUUAUAUUACGAUUCAUUUCUUGAAUCUAUAAUAAAUAUAUCCCCUUUGUGGGUGAGCCGUCGAAAAAUCUCAGCCUUGAGUAAGGGAAUGCAAUACUUGUCUAAAAUCAAAUGAGGGCCUUAACGCUGAAUCCCCAAUAAUUUGAUAUUUAUCCGAUCUUGUAAUCGAACUUGACUUGACCUGACUUCAAAAUGAAUUCAAAAUUAUGUAAAAAUCAAUGUGCAAAUAAGAUCCGAUUUUAAUCGACUUGUAACACGUGACUUGAAAUCAAAACUAAACUGGGAAUUUGAUAGCUGUUAGUUGAUAUCCUUCGUUAUUUUCCAAGAGAUAUCUGGAUAUUUGGAGAGUACUAUUUUUGAACUUUAAAUAAGUAGAGCAGCGCUAUUAGGCAAUUGCUUGUUGAGUUGUACGAAAGUGUCAUCAUAAAUGAUAAAUGGCCUUGCUCAGUUACUCUUAUGAUCGGGCCUAUGUAGUUUCGAUUCGUCUAAUACUCUAAUCCUCUAUGAUGUACAAAAUUCGAAUAGAUGCUACGGUACUUGUCGCAGAUAUUGGAUAAGGUAAGGCAUUGAAAUGGCUGCUUUCAAGACAUUGUACAAAGAGCAUUGAGUGUGUGCAAAGUUCAAGCGACCAAAUGUAAGACACUAAAACGAACUAGAAAUGUCAACUAAUGUUAUAAGCCAAAGUUUCAUUUAGUCUCUUUGUCUAUCAAAUUUGCUUAAAAGUAAUAGUGGUAUUUUAUAGGAAAGUGAGAGAAAUGUGCGCAUAGGACAAAAAAAUAAAGUUAAAUGUAUGGAUUAAAAUUAAACAAUUAUUUGUGUUAUAACCAAAAAUAAAAAUGAGAAAACUUGAUGAAACGAAUU